GUAAAUGCCCGCGAUUAAAUAUCCAAUCAAGCAAUAAUCAGCCGAGAUUACGAGCAGCUUAAAUCUUGGUCGGUUACGGAAACCUAAUGAUCGCAGAAUUUGAAUUUCUUCGAACCCUUUCGAUCUUCUUGUUUGUUCUACUCUCUGAUCCAUACGAGGGGUGUUGGAAUUUUGGCUUUGGAGAUUCGAUUUUCUUCAUCUUUCUUGGAUGCCGCUUUGGGAUAGAUGGAUCCGGCGAGUCCGACCGGCUGCUGCAACUGCGGCUGCCCUUGCUGCUUCGAGCCAUCGUCCCCAACUUUUCGCCGAUAUGUGAAGCGCAAGGCUGACGGGCGGGAUGCGAUGCCGCAGGCUGGGUUCGCGCGCGUGGAGUUGGAAAACGAGCUGACAGCCCUCCGUGAAACCCUAGCUAGUCAGCAGGUUGCGAUCCAAGAGCUUUCCGUUGAGCUCGAGGAGGAGCGGAACGCGGCGGCGACGGCGGCGAGCGAGACAAUGUCGAUGAUCCUUCGUCUUCAGCGCGAAAAGGCUGAGGUACAAAUGGAGGCGCGCCAGUUCCGUAGAUUCGCGGAGGAGAAGAUGGCCCACGACGGUCGCGAGAUUGCUGAGCUCGAUGAUCUCCUAUUUAAGCGCGAGCAGCAGGCGCAGGCUCUUUCCUGCGAGGUUCGCGCUUAUAAGGACCGGCUGUUAAGCCUCGGCAUCAAUGUCGGAAGCGACCCUGUCUUCUUCAAUUCUGACGGUAACGAAGGAGAACUUGAUCUCCCGCGGGGUGAGUGCUAUCCUCCCCUUCGCUGUGUUGCGGCAGUUUCCUGUGAUGACGAUGACACCUCGAAUCUUGAGCGGCGGAUCUACGAGCUAGAGAAGACCCCCUAUGGAGCCCAAGUCAAUAUCCCCAAUCCACCCCAGGGGCAUCUCCACCGUUUCUCUUCUGUGGACUCUUUGAGGCCGCAGGAAUCGUCGGCCAUGGUUGGUGAAAAUGGAGAGGGGGAAGAUGAUGAGACUGAUCGAAUCUACACAAUAGAUGCAGUUCACGGUGUUACACUUGUCGAUGAAAGUGAGGACGAGGAAUUGAUUAGCUCAAGGAUGAAGAAAGAGAGUGAUCAAAAGGGGGGAUUUGAUGGAGGAGAAAGAGAGGAGGGUGAUAUAAACAAGCUUUACAUGAGGCUGCAGGCUCUGGAGGCAGACAGGGAGUCGAUGAGGCAAGCAAUCAUUUCAAUGAGGACAGAGAAGGCGCAGAUUGUGCUUCUCAGGGAAAUUGCACAGCAGCUCUGCAAAGAGGCGAAGCCAGAAAUGAAUGUUGUGAAGAAGAACCCUACUUUGUUUGGUGCAUUUACGUUUGUGUCUUUGAUCAAGUGGGUCAUGCCCUUUCUUUUCUGGAGAAAGAAAGCAUCUCGUAGCAGGUACACCUUUGGCUUAUCAAACAGUAAUGUGGGCUUAUUGCUGAUCUUAGACAAUUCACCACAGAUGGGUCAGUGGCGAUGCCUCACGAGAACCACCCCAAGGAGAUAACAAAAUGCAAAUUGAUUGAUCCAUCUGGAUUAGAUUGGGAAAAUGUAAUGGGGAAUUCUCUCUUGUUUGAAAGCUUUUUCCCCAUUUUUUUUUAGUGUUAAUUGUUAAGUCUUAAGAAAGAUAACCCCUAGUUUCUGUACAGGCACAAAAUUUGUGAUUUGUGUGUGUAUUUCAUAUAUUUUUCAGAUUACUACUCCAUUUUGAUUGGA